UAUAUCUUUCCUGUCAAAUAACAAAAUAUAAAAAUUUUAAGGAAAGAAAAAGUAGAAUACUACGAUUAUAUUUGUGUUGUUAGUCUAGUAUGUAUAUGUAUUUUUUGACUAGUAAGUCUUAAUUUAUAGAUAUUUUACGUUGGAAUCAUGUUGACACUGCGCAAUUCGUGUUUCCAGACUUUAUUACAUUUAUAUUAAAAAUGUACUUGACGACCUCUAGAUAUGUUAAAUAUUGCGUUAUAUUAGGUAUUUCAUGAUUAUAGCCAUUCUUCAUCAUGUAUAUCAAACAAGAAUGUACGAGCAGUGUCAUUAUAUUUAUCUUACUUUGCUUUGCAAUGCAAUCUUUGGUUCUCUUUUAUAUAAUAAAAAGUGUGAUAUCAUCGAAUUUACGUUUGGAACAAGUAGUAAUAUUGAGUAGACAUGGUGUUAGAGUUCCUGUUUCUUUACGAUUAAAUAAAAUGUCACCGAACCAGUGGCCUCAAUGGAAUGAGAAUCCAGGCCAAUUGACAGCAAGAGGCAUUGAGGUUGAAGGUUUGCUUGCCUCUUAUUUUUCUGAGUGGCUUAUAAAAAAUAAUAUACUUCCUCCAAGCUGUCCAAAUGAUAAAGAUUUCUUUGCGUAUGCCGAUUCUUCCCAGAGAACUAUUGUUUCAGCGGAAGCAUUUGUUGAAAAAGCCUUUCCAAAUUGCAAUGUUAUUGUUCAUUAUAGUUCGGACACCCCUGAUCCAAUAUUUAACCCAGUAAUACAUAACGGCAGUGUUAAUUUUCAAAAAAUAGCAGAAAAACAGAUGCAAGUAGCCAUAAAUGAACUGAAAUUAAACAGUUCAUUCAUUGAACUUAAUUCAAUCCUUGAUUAUUCAGAAUCUGAAUAUUGUAAGCGGGAAAAUAAAUGUGAUUUAUCACAAGAACAUAACACACCAUUUGUAAGGGUUAAAUAUAAGCCAAAAGUAUCCGGAGGUUUGAAGAAAAGUAAUGAAGCAAUCGAUGGUUUCUUAAUGUCUUUAUAUAAUGGUUUCUCUGAAGACCAGGUCGCUUGGGGCAAGUUAAAAAAUCUCAGCCAAUGGAAAGUUGUAAUGCAAAUUGCAGAAGGCUACCACGAUGUUGUAUACAAGACGGAAUCCAUUGCAAAAGACUUAGCCGGCCCAUUGUUGAGUUAUAUGAGAGAUAUUUUUGUAAAGAAAAACACUAAAGUGACAUUAGUGAUGGGACACGAUAGUAAUAUUAAUGUGGUAUUGACUGCUAUGUCGUUUAAAAGACAUUAUCUCCGAAACAGUCUAGCAUCAACACCGAUUAGCGGUAAAGUUGUGUUUCAGAAGUGGUUUGAUGAAAGUUUGGGUAAAUAUUUAUUGAAAGUUGAAUACAUUUAUCAAAGCACUGAUCAGAUAAGAAAUGCUCUGCCGUUGUCAAUGGAAAAACCGCCCGAGGUUUUUUUGAUGGAAAUUAAAAAGUGUAGAAACGAUGAUAGGGGUUUCUGUUUGUGGGAUGAUUUUAUAUCGAUUUUAAAUGACCUUUAAAGUCCGAUGAUAAAAUUUACUUUUUUAAUUAUAACCUUAUAUUAUAUUUUAUAUCUAAAACGAUUCUGUAUCCUGAUGAUGGAUAGUAUGGAAAGCUUUAAUAUUGAAAUAUAUUAGCUGUGAUAAUACAAUAUAUUUAUAUGUUUGUUAUAUGCUCAAGAUAAUUACAAAGACUAAGAAAUUUAUAUUGUAAAUGUGAAGACAUAAAAAUUAUAUAUAUAUAUAUAUAGAUUAUAAAUUAUUUUAGAUUAUAAUUAGGGGCGGUAUGACUACAGGAUAUGUCAUGUAAUACCAUAAAUACUUAUUUACAUAUAUAUAUAUAUAUAUAUAUAUAUAUGCCCUUUAUUUGAUCUUACUUAUACCAGUGAUAUUAUUGAUUACUCAAAACAAUAAUUUUAUCUUGACUUGACAGUUAACUGAAAGUAGGUAUGAAGUCGAGUAUAUUUUUGUUAUGUCUACAAAAUAUUAAUAUUUUAUAAUUAUAAUAUUUAUUAACUAUAGUCAUAAUGUUAUUUUUUUAAUUAUAUAAAUUUUCGUAUACUCCUUGUAACACCAUAAUUUUAAUGUCUUGAAGACAGUGAAAGAUAUAUGUACUUUUUUAUGAAAUUAAAAAUUUUAUAUACA